AUGUACGGCUAUGAUUUGGGAGGCCACUUUGUGGAUUUUAAGCCGUUGGGUUUUGGAGCCAACGGGUUGGUUCUGUCUGCUACGGACAGCAAAAAUUCUCGGAAGGUGGCAGUGAAGAAGAUAACCAUCGGCGACUGUCGGAGCAUGAAGCACGCCUUACGGGAGAUAAAGAUCAUCCGACGUCUUAAUCAUGAUAAUAUCGUGAAGGUUCAUGCUGUAUUGGGGCCAAGAGGGGCUGACCUGCAGGGGGAUAUAUUUAGAUACAACGUUGUGUACAUCGUCCAGGAACACAUGGAAACAGAUCUUGCUCAUCUUCUAGAACAAGGUCCUCUCAGUGAAGAACAUGCCAAGCUGUUUAUGUACCAGCUGCUUCGAGGCCUGAAGUACAUCCACUCGGCCAAUGUCCUACACAGGGACCUGAAACCAGCUAACAUUUUCAUCAGUACCGAGGACCUUGUUUUGAAAAUUGGAGACUUUGGUUUGGCGAGGAUUGUGGAUCAACACUACUCACACAAGGUAAGUCCAGGUGCCUUCAUAUCAUGUAUACUUAUAUUUUGA